AGCACCACAUUGCAGAUUAUCAGAGUCCCUUACCUAUACCUUCCUUCUUUGGCCUGUAGACUGUUAUGGACUCCGUGAUGAAGCUUCAGAGGGUGCAGCUGAAAUGCAAGAACCUUCAUGAAUUCCUGAGGGGCCUUAGCCCGGGGAUCUUAGACCGGCUGUACAAUCAUCCUGCCACCUGCCUAGCAGUCUUCCGUGAGCUGCCAGGAUUGGCUAAGAAUUAUGUAAUGCGAAUGCUCUUCCUGGAGCAGCCCCUCCCUCAAGCAGCUGUAGCAUCAUGGGUAAAGAAGGAAUACGUCAAGGAGCAGGAUGAAAGCUCAGAUAUCUUGUUGGGGCUGCGACUCUGGCACACACAGUUGCUGCCAGGUGGGCUUCAAGGGAUCAUCUUGAACCCCAUCUUCAAGGAGAACUUGCGCAUUGCUCUGCUAGGAGGAGGCAAAGCCUGGUCUGAUGACACCAGCCAGCUGGGGCCAGACAAACAUGCCCGAGAUGUCCCAUCUCUUGACAAGUAUGCUGAGGAGAGGUGGGAGGUCAUCCUGCACUUUAUGGUGGGCUCUCCAAGUGCAGCAGUGAGCCAAGACUUAGCUCAGCUGCUCAUUGAAGCUGGACUGAUGAAGAGUAGUGAGCCUGGAGAACCACCUUGCAUCACGUCUUCCGGUUUCCAGUUCCUGCUGCUGGACACCUCAUCUCAGCUCUGGUACUUCAUGCUGCAAUAUCUCCAGUCAGCUGAGACUCGGGGCAUGGAUCUGGUGGAGAUCCUUUCCUUCCUCUUUCAGCUCAGUUUCUCCACUCUUGGCAAGGAUUAUUCUGUGGAAGGGAUGAGUGACUCUUUGCUGAAUUUCCUUCAGCAUCUUCGGGAGUUUGGCCUGGUCUUUCAAAGGAAGAGGAAAUCCAGGCGUUACUACCCAACUCGCCUGGCCAUCAACCUUUCCUCUGGCAUCUCAGGCACCACAGUGGACACCCACAACCAGGGCUUCAUUGUUGUGGAGACUAACUACAGGAUUUAUGCAUACACAGACUCUGAGUUGCAGAUCGCCCUCAUUGCCCUCUUCUCAGAAAUGCUGUAUCGUUUCCCCAAUUUGGUGGUGGCUCAAGUCACCCGAGAGAGUGUGCAGCAGGCCAUCGCCAAUGGCAUCACAGCAGAUCAGAUCAUUCACUUUCUGCGUACCCGAGCCCACUCUGUGAUGCUAAAACAGACUCCAGUGCUGCCCCCCACCAUCACAGAUCAGAUCCGACUGUGGGAACUGGAAAGGGAUCGGCUGCGCUUCUCUGAGGGUGUCCUAUACAACCAGUUCCUGUCCCAAGUGGAUUUUGAGCUACUGCGUGAUCAUGCAAGGGAACUCGGGGUGCUUGUCUUUGAGAACCCAGCCAGACGCCUCAUGGUGGUGACUCCUGCUGGCCAUUCGGAUGUCAAGCGGUUCUGGAAGCGACAGAAACACAGUUCCUGAGGAGACUAAUAAAGCUCAGAGCUUCUCCCUUCCACCCUUGAUACUACAUGGUAGUAGAGCAGGGUGUAAUUUGCUGGAUCCCUCCCUCAUAACUUUGAGUGAAUAUCCUAAAGGAGAAUACCCACAAGUUUGAUGACCAAGAAGAAGGUGUGAUGGGGGUUGUGUGGUGACUCCUGUUCAGGCAUGAAGAAGAGAACUGUUGGAGGAAGGGAAGCCCUGGAAGUUCCAGUUUAAGCAGUGAAAUAGUUAAAACUUUAUCACCUGUCAGCAGUUCUUCCUGGCAGGAGGGUAUUGAAAUUGGGCUAGUUUUAUUAUGGACCAGAUCUGAGCCUAAAAUGUUCAAAUAGUUUGUAAGCACCGUGUCCUACUCCUUAGAGGACCCAUACCAGUGUGUGUGUGUGUGUGUGUGUGUGAGAGAGAGACUGCUGAUAGGCAGGUUACCUUAAAGCAUCAGUGAGAGAGUGAAAUGCCAGUGUCCUUUGAAUGUUUGGGAUGCUCAAUGUAUUAUUUUAAAUCAGUAACAAGGGCUAUGUAGCCCACCUUCCACGCAGUUCUACUGAGAUGCCUCCUUUUAGUAGGAGAGGUAAGAUUCAACGGCUGUUCUACUCAUAUAUGACAGACUGCAACC